AUGUCCGCCACCGUUGCCGAUUUAGCGGCGCGUUCCUCUGCCGCCGCCGCUUCUUGUCAGGCAUCGCGUUACGUCCUGAAGUCGUCCUCUCACCUCGCGACCGCUGUUGCCGCUGCCGUCGUCGGCUAUCGGUACAACGACACUGUUGGAAAAGGUUUCCGCAAGAUCACAGGAAGACGAACUCUUAACUUUUUGCCGGAUAGAUCCAGCAUCGUGUGCCAGCCUAACUCAGCUGCAUUGCCUAGUUUGUCCCUCAGCCAAAGUCCAUAUGGACCGAAUCAGAUCCAGCAUAUCAGUACUUCAAAAGAAAUCCCUUCUAUGAACAUUUCCUCCACAUCAACCUCACUUUUCAAAUUUCAAGAUGGUGAAUCCUCAUACAAUCUUCCAAAGCUACGCAGAAGAGCAUCCAUAAAACCAGCAAAAGCAUACAAGAGCUUCCACUCUCCAGUCUUGGCCGAGAAGCCAGAAUGGUGGUGGAGGACAUUAGCAUGUGUCCCUUAUUUGAUUGCCUUGCAGAUAUCAGCUGCAGGAUACUACAUCCAGCCCUUACUAGAACACUAUGCCUGCUUCGAAAACUUGAUCUUCUUCGUUCCUGGAGCAAUCACACGGCUACCCAUGUGGUUUACAUUGCUCUACUGCUUCUUUGCCUACGGUGGGAUUGUGAAGAACAAAGAAUGUCCUCACUUCUUCAGGUUCCAUCUCAUGAUGGGAUUGCUGUUGGAGACAUCGUUGCAGAUAGUAUGGUUCAUUAGCAAUUUCUUCCCUUUGAUUCACUUCGGGGGAAGGUUGGGAAUGUACUAUUGGGCAGGAGUUGGGUUUGCUUAUAUACUGAUUCUGCUGCAGUGUGUGAGGUGUGCCCUUGCAGGGGGCUAUGCUCACGUACCUUUCAUUUCAGAGAAUGCGUAUAUUCAUACCCAGUUCAACAUUGGUGGUUUACAAAGGCCCUGGUGA